ACUCUGGCGCAAAGAAGAACUGGAAAAGGAAGGUUAGCUGCCGCCAUUUCACGUGAAAAAGCAGCGCGGUUCAAUCUGAGAUCAGAGGAGGGAAAGAAUCGGUCCUCAACAUGAGCUACGGAAGGCCGCCGCCAGACGUCGAGGGGAUGACCUCCCUGAAAGUGGAUAACCUGACUUACCGAACGUCGCCCGAGACGCUCCGACGGGUUUUCGAGAAGUACGGCCGCGUGGGGGACGUGUACAUUCCCCGGGACCGGUACACCAAGGAGAGCCGGGGCUUCGCCUUCGUGCGCUUCCUCGACAAGCGCGACGCCGAGGACGCUAUGGACGCCAUGGACGGCGCGCUCCUCGACGGGCGGGAGCUCCGGGUGCAGAUGGCUCGCUACGGACGACCACCGGACUCCAUGUACAGCCGGAGGGGUGGACCACCACGCAGAUACGGCGGUCGCUCAGACAGUCCUCGUCGACGCAGGCGAAGCCGCAGCCGCUCCAGGAGCAGGAGCCGAUCCCGAUCCAGGAGCCGCUACAGCCGCUCCAGGUCCCGCUCCUACUCCAGGUCCCGGUCCAGGUCGAAGUCAAAGUCCAAAUCCAGGAGUCCCAGGCGAAACAAGUCCAAGACUCCUCCUUCCAGGUCGAGGUCCCGCUCUAGGUCCAGGUCCAAGUCGAGGAGCAYGACCCCGACGUCCAACAGAGGGUCKAAGUCUAGAUCCAGGUCCAAAUCCAAGAGUGGGCCUAAAUCACCAGGAGAGAACAACGCAGAGCCUUGAUGUGGACCUGGACARGUGAUGACGAUCUCAGAUGCUUUGAGCCUUUGCUGAAGACAUCAGGAACAGCCUCGCGUUGAGCAAGAGGACUCCACAUUUACCACUGAACGCAGACUGAAAGGUUAUUGGAUCUUGGUCUGAAAUUAUUUUAAUGUUUAAUUUGUCAAAUCUGCCUGUAAUGUUUGGCGUUUGUAAAACUGACUUUAUAGUAAGGGAUUUGUUUGAAAAAUGUUCACAAAUUUUUUUUUACUUACAGUGAGAUCCCCCCGCUUAAAUUUUUUUAAAAUGAAAUUUUUAUUUGCAAAAGUUGAUAAAGAAAAAUCUCGCGUUCAUUGUUCGCAGUGUUUGCUGUUAAUGCUUGUCUGAAGAAAUGGCUUAAAGUGACACAAGUCACCCAAUUUACUUAAUCGAGCCCGUUUUUCUCUUCUGUCGAGUCUUUUUUUUAUUUUCUGUCUCGUUCAAGUUGCUUUCCUAUGACUCUAACCCCUUUUCUUGUGUAUCUUUUGUGCACUAGGCGCAGUUGUGUAGCAGUUGAGUAAUGCUGGUUAGCUGUUAAGAUGCGGUGCAGUGCGGUGGUGACACGGUGGUGUGGCGUGUUGCGGUGCUGAGUGCCCGGUGCUGUUCCGGGGCUCAACCCUUCGCUGCCGUUUGCCGGUUUGUAAGCUCACAGAUGUGGCAGAUCAUCCAUCCUCUCUCUCUUCCUACAUGUGCUGUACAUAUUGUCCUUUGUUGCUCCUUUUUUUCCUCCCUUCUUUCUCCUGUGGCCCACUCUAACCUCCCCCUCUGUGGGUUAUCUGCUGUUGAACUAGUCUUGCUUGCUUUGGAAAAAAUGGUCCAGUGUGAUCCCUGGUGAAACGUUUAAGAUGCAGUUAUGUCUGCUUAUGGGAUAAUUUUUUUUUUUUUUUUUUUUUAUUACAUUUUUUUGUGAACCUCAGAUUUCUUGUAAUUGCUUUACAUGACUGCUAAUAAACGUCUUUGACAAUAAAAAGCUAA